UGGGCUGCCAGAAAGCUAAAAUCUGCAGCAGCAUACCGACACACAGACACCGCACUCACCCCGCUAAUCUGCCCGGGUCCAGUCCACCUGUCCAGAGAGGAGGAACAAAAGAUAUUUGCACUCUGCCCGGAAUCAUCACGCUUGUUUUUUUUUUUGUUUUGUUGUGUGUGUUUUUUUUAAAACAACUCACAGCACCGUUAGCAGGCUGAGCUAGCAGGAAGAGCUAACGACAGUUUUGCUGAAACUCCUGCUCCGCUGAAGACCACCACUGCAGGCUGCUGGACACUGACAGAUCCAGCUAUGUAAUCUGCUCUGAUGUGUGGAUUUUUAAGUCCAUACAGCACCUGGUUGAGAGCGCUUUGGAGCUGGUCUGGAGGACCAUACUACUGCUGCGACACAGCUAUCCAACAGACCUGCAGCUGAUUUGGCUGAACAGGUGUAUGUUGGCCUGGAUUGUAGCAUAACUCCCCCGAGAGCAGCUUCCUCCCCUGCCCUCCCUCUGCUCUCCCUGUAAGGACUACUAUGCCUCUGGGUUUGGGAAGAAGGAAGAAGGCGUCCCCGUUAGUGGAGAACGAGGAAGCCGAGCCUAUCCGUGCGGGUCUCAAUGUGCCAGGUGUGGAUGGCCUAGAUGGAGGCGUGGUCGGGCUGGGAGAAGGCGCCACCUCUGAGGGUCUGCCUCCUCCACCCAGCAGCAUGCGACCUCGCCUCAUAUUCCACACUCAGCUGGCUCACGGCAGCCCCACCGGUCGCAUCGAGGGCUUCAGCAACGUGCGGGAGCUCUACGCCAAGAUUGGCGAGGCCUUUGGGAUACCUCCGUCUGAGGUGAUGUUUUGCACACUGAACACUCACAAGGUGGACAUGGAUAAACUUUUGGGAGGUCAGAUUGGGCUAGAGGACUUUAUUUUUGCGCACAUUAAAGGACAGCGAAAGGAAAUAGAGGUGUACAAAGGAGAGGACGCACUAGGGUUGACGAUCACUGAUAAUGGAGCCGGCUACGCUUUCAUUAAGAGAAUCCGCGAAGGGAGCGUCAUCCACCAGAUCCAGGUCAUCAACGUGGGCGACAUGAUUGAGUCGAUCAACGGCCAUCGCCUGAUCGGUUGUCGACACUACGAGGUGGCCAAGAUGCUGAAGGAGCUGCCCAAAGGGAAGGAGUUCACCAUCAAGCUGACGGAGCCUCUUAAGGCCUUUGAUAUGAUCAGCCAGCGGUCUGGAGGCUCCAGGUCAGCAUCAGGGGUUCAGCUGGGGACCGGCAGGGGAACGCUGAGGCUUCGCUCUAAAGGGCCGGCUACUGUGGAAGAAGUGCCGUCUGCAUUUGAGGAAAAGGCAAUUGAGAAGGUGGAUGACCUGCUUGAGAGCUACAUGGGCAUCAGAGACAGCGAGCUGGCGGCCACCAUGGUGGAGCUGGGAAAGGACAAGAAGAACCCCGAUGAGUUCGCCGAGGCUUUAGAUGAAACCCUGGGAGACUUCGCCUUCCCGGAUGAAUUUGUUUUCGACGUCUGGGGUGCCAUCGGCGACGCUAAGGUUGGACGGGUGUAACCACAGAAACUAACGGAGCACAGCAACCCGUGUUCGUGCGUGACACCCACAACAUUCAGCACUACUAGGAAACACAACACUACCGCCAUGAGUUUGUUUUUAUUCCAGUGUAUACUCCUACUAUUUUUAAUUUAGAGUGUACCCGAUUGGGAGACUCUGCCUAGACAAAGAGCAUUAUGCCAGUUAAUGGGAGAAGAAGACUGUGAUGACUUCCCAAGUGCUUUUAUUUGUCUUCCGGCUUUUUCCAGAAACUACAAGCACGCUGAUGACCAUUCCCUUUGACCGCAUCACGUGACCCCGCAUGUCAUUGUUGUAGUUGCUGGCAGUGGACAGCACACAUCUCUAAUUUAGGAGAAAUGAAAGACAAACGGCUAACGCAAGGUAGAUCUUUGAUGGUUAGAAUAAAACAAAUGUGAUUUUUCUUUUUUCCACAUUUCACUGUGUUGCACUGCGCUGUAAACCAACAGAAGUGAACGGAGAUUGCACUGUACCUCACCUGGUGAGCGGCACAGCUAUUGCACAGUACAAGGCGUCGACUUCCCCUGAAUUGCAGCGUCGUCCUGAACCGCUCGAUGUUACUGUUACGGAUCAGUUUUACAAGCAUGUGCUGUUACGUUUUUUUUUUAUUAUUGAUGAUUAUUAAUGAAUUCUGCUGGUUUCAUGUUCUUUUAUUUUGGUAAAAGAGAAGAAAAAAAAAAGUAGUUUCAAAAAGGUCAUAGUGAAGUGUAGCUCGCUGACUAAAAGAUCUGUGGUGUUCGUUCACCGUCACACUCCAUGCUGUAAUGAAGUUAACUGCAGCACAUUCCUGUCAUACUUUCAUACAUUCGACAGGCUCACGGAAAAUCUGUGUUAAUUUUACCUUUUAUUGAAGGUCAUUAUACGAGAAUGAGAAGUGGAGUGGUUUCCAGGUGUGUGGAUUGUGUUGACUUAUUUUAUUUUAUUUUUUUUUUAUAUAGUUAGUGUUUUUAUAUAAAGUGAUGUGAUGUCUAUUUUAAAACAAGGUUUGUGUAACAGGUGAAGAAUUUGAUCUUGUGUCGCAACUACUUCAUUGUUUUGCAGCAUUACAGAGGGCAGUAUUAAAGGAGAGAAAGUGGUGAGAUGGAGUAGUUGUGUUUAAAAAAAAGAAAAGAAACGGAAUCUGUUAAGAACAAAAGGCCUUCAUUUCUUCUCAUUUCAUUUGUUUUCUCUUUUUCUUUUACAUUCUUGUGAGAAGUAUGCAUUCUGGUGCAUGGUGCUGAAAAAUCAAGUAUCCUGUCAUUGGAGCAGAACGAUACCAAACUACUUCCAUCAUGUGUCUUGUGACUUGUGUUGUUCAUAGAGAGGAAAAACAGGCAAUGCUGCACCAACUACUCAGCGUAGGCAAACACGUCUUAAAAAAAAACAAACAAGCAAACUUUUUGGUGUUAACCUUUUCAGUAUAUCCAAAUGUAUGAAGCUAUUUUGUAGUUUUGUUUCACUCUUUCAGAGUUAAUGAAUAUCUAAAUGGGUUAUGUAAUGAAACUGAUGCUAGAACACUGUAACACUGAGAAGAACACGUUAUUUUGAUGGCUUUGUAUUACACUGUUGUCAAUGUCCAAUUAUAAUGCAAUAAUAACAUCGACAUGGCAGUU